GCCAAGCUGCUCCUUCAAAUCCAUUUCUCACGGCGCGGACUGUUUACGUUCAUCCCUCUUGGCGCACAACCAGGUCUUGUCGACUCCUUUUUCGUUUGAACUUUUCGGGGUUUCCCAGUUUGCCGGCCGCUGGUACCACUCGGUUUUCGCAUGCACAUAUUUUUCUUGGGCUGGAACUCUUUCAUUUCUACAGCUUGCGACUCAUUCGGAGGUGGCUAUGUAGGUUGUAUCCCACGUUGGAGCACCGCAAGUAUCUGGUCAUCACACGCAGAGUCGUACAGCAUCAAUACAGCAAGACGACAAAAAAAAGAAGUCAACCAAAAGCGAGGUCUUUUCUCUUUUCCGAAGAGAGCCAUCGCAUUUUUCUUAUCACACCUUACAUCGAAAAUUCUUGGGAAGGCGGGACUUUUUCCAUUCAUCUUUCGGGUUCGAGCGCUUUGCGAACAUUUCGUGUCUCGUUUCCUGUGCAGGGGCGGUGUGCGUGCAGCUUGCGGAUUGUGCCCUUCUUCACUUCUUGUGUCUCUUCUUCCGAUAGUUUCAGGGGUUUAUUGCACUUUGCAGCACAUUACAGAGCUAUAUCUACAUUGCUCCAAGACUUUGCCGCUAGGGAUAGUCUUUGAGGGACGGUUCAUCCUUGGACUCGAGCAAUACAUAACAUUUCUCUUUGCCGCGUGCAUAUUUCUCAAGGACACAAAACGCGUCGUGACUGGCUGCGUGUGGGGGAGUUGACGGGGCCACAGGUUGGGAAGCACGUCCUCACAGUGGCUCCAUGUCAGUGCUGCUCUCCCUCAGUGGCGUGCUCAUCUUGAUAUU